CUCGUAAGUUCCCUGGGGGCGAACUCGGCGCGCGGAGAUGACGUAUUGCGGCGCCGGAAGCCGCUCCCCUCUGAGCCUGCGGAACCCGAGCGGCGGCCGCCAGUCGGCGCCAUGGCAGCCGAAGGGGCCCGGCCGCUGCGAGGCUCCGACGGCCCGCAGGCGCCCAGGCGGCGUGUGCCCGUCCCGAGGCUCCGGGUCCCGGAGCGCGCCCUCAGGUAAAUUUUUCCAUAACCUUAUGGAGAGAAAGGACUUUGAGACAUGGCUUGAUAACAUUUCUGUUACAUUUCUUUCUCUGACGGACUUGCAGAAAAAUGAAAGUCUGGAUCACCUGAUUAGUCUGAGUGGAGCAAUCCAGCUCAGGCAUCUCUCCAAUAACCUAGAGACUCUGCUCAAGCGAGACUUCCUCAAACUUCUUCCCCUGGAACUCAGUUUUUAUUUGUUAAAAUGGCUCGAUCCUCAGACCUUACUCACAUGUUGCCUCGUCUCUAAGCAGUGGAAUAAGGUUAUAAGUGCCUGUACAGAGGUAUGGCAGACAGCCUGUAGAAACUUGGGCUGGCAGAUAGAUGAUUCCGUUCAGGACGCUUUGCAUUGGAAGAAAGUUUAUUUGAAAGCAAUUUUGAGAAUGAAGCAAUUGAAGGACCAUGAAGCCUUUGAGACCUCAUCAUUAAUUGGACACAGUGCCAGAGUAUAUGCACUUUACUACAAGGAUGGACUUCUCUGUACAGGGUCAGAUGACUUGUCUGCAAAACUCUGGGAUGUGAGCACAGGACAAUGUAUAUAUGGCAUCCAGACCCACACUUGUGCUGCUGUAAAGUUUGAUGAACAGAAAUUGGUAACAGGAUCCUUUGAUAAUACAGUAGCCUGUUGGGAAUGGAGUUCAGGAGCCCGAACUCAGCACUUCCGAGGACACACAGGGGCAGUGUUCAGUGUGGACUACAAUGAUGAGCUUGAUCUCUUGGUGAGUGGUUCUGCGGACUUCACUCUGAAAGUAUGGGCCUUAUCAACGGGAACAUGCCUGAACACACUCACAGGACAUACUGAGUGGGUAACCAAGGUGGUUUUACAGAAGUGCAAGGUCAAGUCUCUCUUGCACAGCCCUGGAGAUCAUAUUCUCCUUAGUGCUGACAAGUAUGAAAUCAAGAUUUGGCCUAUUGGAAGAGAAAUCAACUGCAAGUGUUUAAAAACAUUGUCUGUGUCUGAGGAUCGAAGUAUCUGUUUGCAGCCAAGACUCCAUUUUGAUGGCAAAUAUAUUGUAUGUAGUUCAGCUCUAGGACUUUAUCAGUGGGACUUUGCCAGCUAUGAUAUUCUCAGGGUUAUCAAGACUCCAGAGUUAGCAAAUUUGGCAUUACUUGGCUUUGGAGACAUCUUUGCCCUGUUAUUUGACAACCGCUACCUAUAUAUCAUGGACUUAAGGACAGAGAACCUGAUCAGCCGCUGGCCGCUUCCUGAGUACAGGAAGUCAAAGAGGGGCUCCAGCUUCUUGGCAGGUGAAAUGUCAUGGCUGAAUGGACUAGAUGGGCAGAAUGAUAUGGGUUUGGUUUUUGCCACCAGUAUGCCUGACCACAGUAUUCACUUGGUGUUAUGGAAGGAACAUGGCUGAAGAUAUGGACAGCAGCUUAAAAAAAAUGACUUUGGGUGCUGAGGCUGCUGGUUCUGAUGCAGCCUCUGUGGGAACUGAUUUUGCAUGUACCAAAGUACACUCCUAAUGGUAUCGUCAUGCAGUGCACAAUCAUUUAUUUUCCUGGGUGGGGAGUGAUCGGGGGGUAGGGAGAAAGGUGGGGGGAAAGGGAUUAUUUUAUUGACAUAAUGCAACGCAGCAUGCUAACAGUCCACACCAUUGAAAUUUCUUUGUACUUAGUUAUGCUUGUCAUUAUAAAAAAAUACAUUUUGGGCCUAC